AUGGCCAACUUUUUGAUUGAUAGCUCCUUUGCUAAGCGCAAGCCAUCGAGCAAUGCCUCGUACUCUGCCUCGUUGUUUGAAACCGGGAAGCCAAGCGUGGUAGCUUGCUCUAGCAGGGUUCCAUCUGGGGUGAUGAUGACAACGCCUGCUCCAACUCAUUUCUGGUUCGACGCUCCGUCUACGCACAACUGCCACAUGUCUCUGGGUUGGUCAGGUUCAGUAGAGGUCUUGUCUGCUCUCGAACUUUCCUUCUUUUUGCUGACCGGCUUCUCUUCUUCGGCUGAUGGUGUGAAUUCUGCAACAAAGUCUGCUAAGGCUUGA